AUGAUGUUGUCAAAUAAAUUUGGCUCACUUAGUGCUGAUCAAAGGAAAGAAGUAAUGGGUUCCAAGCAACGAGAGAGUGAUAAGCCCGUGCGAGCUUGUCGAAAUGAGGAUUCGGUUGAUCUACAUAUGGAAGAUGGUAGUGAAGGUCUGGAUACACUUGCUAUAUCAGGUAAACCUCUACAAGUUGGGAGCUCUUUAAUUAAAGAAGAGAUUAACAAGGUGUCAAAAUUGAAGUAUAAAAUAGGUGCCCAUAAGAUUGAGAACCAAGUAGAUGGCAUUUACAAUGUCCCUAUUGAGAUCUCAAAAAAAGGCUUUUCUCAUUGGGAAAAUGCUUUGGUUGGAUACUUCAUUGAUAAAAGAUUCUCUUUCCAUUAUGUGAAAACUUGGGCGGAGAAACUUUGGGGAAAUUUGCUUGAGGACGUUGUCUCCAUUGACAAUGGUUUUUUUAUUUUUAAAGUAAAAAGUGAAGAGGCUAUGGACACAAUCUUGGAAGAUGGCCCCUAUUAUGUUGGGGCUAGAUUGAUUGUUAUUAAAAAAUGGCAACCUGGACUAAAACUAACAAAGUGUGAAUUUUCAAGUGUGCCAUUGUGGGUGAAGUUGUACAAUGUUCCUUUGGAACUUUGGAGUGAAGAGGGUUUGGGUUACAUAGCUAGCAUCUUGGGAACUCCUCUUUAUUUGGAUGAGCCAACUUUCAAGAGAAGCAGACUUACGUUUGCGAGAAUUUGUAUUGAAGUGCCAGCAAAUAAAGAGAUCCCUAAGUCUUUCAAAAUAAAUCUUGGUUAUGGUGACCCAUAUGAGAUUCAAGUUGAGGAAGUGGUGAAGAAAAAGGGGAGAGAUGGUGGGCAAGGUUCAACGCCAUUGAUCAACAAAGAGAGAGAGACACAGUCUUCUAUCCCCUCAACAUCUAAUGCCUUUGAUGUCCUUGAAUCGUGUGAUAUGAACGAGUUAGGAAAUGGAGAUUCAAGUCAAGAGUUGAGAAAUAGAGGGAGUCCAUCUCCAAGUGAUUCUAGUUAUGGGGAGACUUCAAAGGAGGAUAAUAGAAGAAAACUUAAAGCGAAACUUCAUGACUUGAAGAAUGCCAGAAGGAAAUUCUGA